GGGAGGCAGUAAUUUUUCAAUAAUUUGAUUAUUUGUUUUUUGUUAAAUAUGUAACGUUAGAUUAGGCGUAAAAUAGUGUUAAUAGUGGUGAAACUAAAACUUAAUAGACAUUAUUUUUAACAAAUAGUGAUGGAUAACAUGGAAUCUCAGAGUAAUAUACUGAAAACAUCAAAGGAAGAUAUUCCAUUGAUAAGCAGAUCCCGUGUAGAUUCUAAUUGGGGAUGUUGGUGCUCAUUUUUUGCAAAAUGUUGUGCACCGAGGGAGUUAAGAUCUCGCACUUUAUUACUGGGAAAACCCACCCCUGGUCAAUUUCCUGCAAAUGCAAUCAGGAAUCAAAAAUACAAUAUUAUAACCUUCUUACCCCUUGUCCUUUACCAACAGUUCAAAUUCUUCCUCAAUCUUUAUUUUUUGAUAAUGGCAACCAGUCAAUUUGUGCCUGAUAUUCGUAUAGGAUAUUUAUAUACAUAUUGGGGACCAUUGUGUUUUGUUCUUUUGGUUACAAUUUCAAGAGAAGCUAUUGACGACUUAAGACGACAUAAAAGAGAUCAAGAAGUCAACAAUCAGAAAUGUAGGAGAUUACUAAAUGAUCCCAAUAAACCGUACGAGACAGUUGCAGCCUAUAAACUAAAAGUUGGUGAUCUUAUCAUUGUCGAUAAAGAUGAAAGAGUUCCAGCAGAUCUAGUACUACUUCGAACUUCAGAAAGUAGUGGUGAAGUUUUUGUAAGAACGGAUCAACUGGAUGGAGAAACAGAUUGGAAAUUGAGAUUGGCUGUUCCGGUGACUCAGAAAUUAGCUUCAGAUCGUCAAUUAUUUGAAAUAAAUGCAAGUAUCUAUGCCGAGAAACCACAGAGAGAUAUACAUUCAUUUAUCGGAACAUUUAGUAGGCUUGAUUCUCUCAAUGGCGAUGAAAGUUUAGAUCUAAAUAAUACCUUAUGGACAAACUGUGUUAUUGCUUCAGGACAAGCUACAGGAGUCGUCAUUUAUACAGGGCCCGAAACAAGAUCGGUAAUGAAUAAUUCCGCACCCAGAUCGAAAGUUGGGCUAUUGGAUAUCGAAGUUAAUACCAUUACUAAACUACUAUUUGCAGCAGUCAUUGGUCUUGCUUUGAUUAUGAUGGCUUUGAAAGGAUUUAGCGGUCCAUGGUACAGAUACAUGUUCAGAUUCAUAUUAUUGUUUUCAUACAUCAUUCCAAUUAGUUUACGAGUCAAUUUGGACAUGGGAAAAUCGUUUUACUCAUGGGCUAUAGGAAAGGAUCCCGCUAUGAAAGGAACUGCAGUACGGUGCACCACAAUUCCAGAAGAGUUGGGUAGAAUCUCUUAUCUUCUUUCCGAUAAAACUGGUACCCUAACACAAAAUUCUAUGGUUCUAAAAAGGCUACACAUGGGAACCGUCAGUUUUGCAACUGAUAGCUUCGACGAGGUCGGCACAUUAUUACGCAGUUCGUAUAAUAACGAAAAUGUGAAGGUAAACUCUGAUAAAUUUAGACGAAGUGAAAAUACAAGAAUCAAAGAUGCAGUACAGGCAUUGGCCUUAUGUCACAAUGUUACUCCUAUGUAUGAAACCAUUGAAAAGAAGGAUACUGAUUCGGGAUCUUUUACUUCUGAAACUGAAGCUGAUCAACAUUUACAAAUGCCAGAUAAGGAUGUCACCUACCAAGCCUCCAGCCCAGACGAAGUAGCCUUGGUCCACUGGACUCAUCAAGUCGGACUUACGUUGAGCAACAGAGAUUUAAACUCGAUGCAACUUAGAACCCCUAAUGGUAGAUUUAUGAACUAUGCCAUUUUGCAGAUAUUUCCUUUUACCAGCGAAACUAAAAGAAUGGGAAUUAUUGUUAAGAGCUUGUACACGGGAGAAAUUAUUUUCUACUUGAAAGGUGCCGAUAUGGUCAUGUCCGCGAUUGUUCAAUAUACAGAUUGGCUUGACGAAGAAGUUGGAAAUAUGGCUAGGGAUGGUUUGAGAACUUUAGUUGUUGCUAAGAAAAAUCUUACAGAAGAGCAAUAUCUGGAAUUUGAGGCCCGUUAUAAUGCUGCUAAGUGUUCAACAACCGACAGAGUGGCACAAGUGGCUCAAGUUGUUGAAUCUUUGGAGAGGGAAAUGGAACUGUUGUGCAUUACUGGCGUAGAAGACAAAUUACAGGACAAUGUACGUGCUACUCUGGAACUAUUACGUAAUGCUGGUAUUAAAAUAUGGAUGCUUACUGGUGACAAACUAGAAACUGCUACUUGUAUCGCUAAAAGUUCAAGCUUAGUGUCUAGAACGCAAGGUUUGCAUAUUUUGAAAAAGGUUGUGACAAGAUCUGAUGCACAUUUAGAACUGAACGCCUUUAGGAGGAAACAGGAUUGUGCAUUGGUUAUAAGCGGAGAGAGUUUGGAAGUAUGUCUUUCUUACUAUCAACCGGAAUUUAUGGAAUUAGCUACGGCAGCACCUGCGGUUGUAUGUUGCCGUUGUUCGCCAACACAAAAAGCUCAAGUGGUUCAACUAAUCCAAAAACAUACAGGUAAACGUACAGCAGCUGUAGGCGAUGGUGGUAACGAUGUCAGCAUGAUCCAACAAGCCGAUGCCGGUAUUGGUAUUGAAGGUAGAGAAGGUAAACAGGCUAGUCUUGCUGGCGACUUCAGCAUACCUCAGUUCUCACAUCUGGCCCGUCUAUUGUUAGUGCACGGAAGAAAAUCUUACAAAAGAUCAGCUUCCUUGGCUCAGUUUGUGAUACAUAGAGGAUUGAUAAUUUCUACAAUGCAAGCAGUAUUCAGCAGUGUAUUUUACUUGAGCUCAGUAGCUUUAUACCAGGGCUUCCUAAUGGUUGGAUAUGCUACAGUAUAUACUAUGUUCCCUGUAUUUAGUUUAGUUCUCGACCAAGAUGUUAGUCCUGAGAUAGCUUUGACUUAUCCGGAAUUAUAUAAAGAUCUAGCGAAAGGAAGAAGCUUAUCCUAUAAAACUUUCUUUAUGUGGGUUCUCAUCAGUAUUUACCAAGGUGGUGUAAUAAUGUACGGCGCUUUACUCUUAUUCGAAGACGAAUUUAUACACAUUGUAGCCAUCAGUUUUACUUCACUUAUAUUAACCGAAUUAAUUAUGGUUGCCUUAAAUAUUAGAACAUGGCACUAUCUUAUGGUAUUAGCAGAGCUGUUCUCAUUAGGUCUAUAUGCGCUGUCUCUGAUCAUACUUCACGAUUAUUUCGAUUCCGAAUUUAUAAGGACGACAGAUUUCUUCUGGAAAGUAGUUCUAAUAACCCUGAUAUCAUGCCUCCCCUUAUACAUCCUCAAGUUCUUAAGGAAGAAAUUCUCACCUCCCAGUUACAGCAAAUUAUCAUAAGAACACUUCAAAUAACGAAUAUGUGAUAUAUAGAAGCACUAUUACUAGUUUUCCAUAAUAAAUAUGAAAAUGUGAUUAGCUUUGUCGCAAAGAAGAAAAACAAGAAUAAUGUGAUAAAGUCGUGACAAAACUUGCACGUUUAAAAGUACCCCGAUAUCCUGUAUAAAUUCAAGAUGUCUCAAAACUUGUAAGGUUGGUGAAACGAAGUCUUCUAUAAAGAAUGUUUUGAAACAUAUGUUAUGUAACUGAUUAAUACUGAAUUUACAAAAAUGUACAGAUUGGGUUUUAUCUUUAAGUACUUUAUUUGUUUUCCUUAUUUACUAAUCCAAUAUAUUAUGUUUAAAGAAUUUUAAUAGAUGAUAAACUAUAUAUUUUUUUUAUUUAAAAUAUGUACACACGCAAUAAUAGUUUUUUCAAAACUUUUAUCCAAGGUGAUGAAUGGGGCAGUCUAGUGUUUCAUUUAUGUACUAUGUUCUGCAUUUAAGUCUUAAAUAUAUCUUAUUUAUUAAC